AUGCCCCGAAAACGUUCGCAGCCCAGCUCAAAGAUUAAAACUGCCGUCGGCGGGUCCGUAAGGCCCAAAGAUGGCACCCGGACUCAACCCAAGAAAUCUAGUCCAUCUUCGCUCACUGUUGCUGUGUUGGCCGCCAUAAUUGCGGUAGGCGCUGCGUUGAUAUAUGCAGCCCGGAUCCAGCUGACUGCGGAUGUGAGCAGGCGAGAAGCAAUCAAAGAUGCCAUGAAGUAUGCCUGGGGAGAAUACGAGAAGUAUGCAUUGGGGGAUGAUAACUACCAUCCUAUAAGCAAGCAUGGCUCAAACUUGACCUCAGCAGGCGGUAUUGGAUAUACGAUGGUCGACGCUUUGGAUUCUCUUAUGAUAAUGGGGUUGGACGAUGAAGUAGCUCGGGUUAGGGAUUGGAUCCAAAAGGACUUAUCAUUUGACCGGGACGCUAGUUUCAAUACUUUCGAGGUAACCAUUAGGGUCCUAGGAGGACUUCUCUCAGCAUACUAUAUCUCUUCGAUAGUCCCGAGUUCUUCCUCUGCUGGGGAAUUCGACGAUCUUUAUCUUCAGAAAGCAGUCGAUCUUGGAGACCGGUUGUUGGGUGCUUUUAAGUCGCCCAUAAAUCUUCCGUAUCCUUCCAUCAACCUUGCAACGUAUGAAGGGAUCCCAGACAAAGACAAUGGUAUACUUGUCUCCACCGCAGAGAUAGCAACUUUGCAAGUGGAGUUGAAAUACCUGAGCCACCUGACGGGCGACGACAAAUACUGGCAUGCCGCAGAGCAUGUUAUGAAAGUCAUCAAAAAUUCCUCAGAACAACUCGAGAGUGGCCUAGUGUCUGUAUUUUUGAGGUCUGAUAAUGGGCAGUUUAUUCCAUCAGAUAUUCGCCUUGGUUCUCGUGGCGACUCUUACUACGAGUACCUACUUCCACGAAAGCAAUAUGUUUUUAAUUCUAUUUCUCAGUCCGAACCAGUGUAUCGUCAGAUGUAUGACAAGGCUGUAGAGAGCAUGAACAAGUACCUUAUUACCCAGUCCCCCACGGACAAGAUCAUGCAUACAACUGAAAUAAUACCUCAACGAGGUGGACGUGAUGGCCGUUCGUUGACAUGGCGUCAGAUUCCGAAGCAAGAUCACCUUGUCUGCUUCAUUGGCGGUCUCUUCCUCCUCGGAGCAACAGAAGGAAAAGGACCUGUUCCGCCAGAUGUCAUGUCGUUUAGCGAAAGUGAGCUUCGAGAUUGGAAGAAUGGCGUAGGCAUGAUAAAAGGAUGCAUGGAAACACACCAAACCUUGACUGGAUUGUCUCCUGAGAUAGCGCACUUCCGUACGGACAACGACCCUAAGGUAGUUCAAAAUGACGCCGCACCUCGUGAUUGGUACAUCAAAGGGGCCGGGAGCCACGAUUCCUACGAUGCUCGCUACAUGCUCAGGCCGGAAACAGUCGAGUCCCUCUUCAUUGCUCAUCGCCUGACUGGUCAUCCGAAAUAUCGCGAAUGGGGCUGGGAGAUAUUUCAAGCAAUCGAGAAACACGCCAAGCUACCUGAAGGUGGCUACGCAACGGUGCUGAAUGUCGAUCGACUGCCGGUUAAACAUGACGAUCGGAUGGAAACAUUCUUCUUAAGCGAAACACUGAAAUAUUUGUAUCUGCUUUUCGAUGAUCAUGAACGAUUCUCACCACGAGACGUGGUGUUCAACACCGAGGCACACAUUUUUCCAAAAUUCGAUUCAACAAUCGAAACAGGCUUUGAUUAG